GCUGAAAAAGAACCCAUGAAUUCUAACACGAAUACGGACUCCUCAGGAAGGACAGAUGCAGUGACACUGAAAAAAGAAAUGGGACUUCUACAAGGAGUCGCUAUUAUAGUUGGGACGAUCGUUGGAAGCGGCAUUUUUGUCUCCCCAAAAGGCGUUCUUCAAUACUCAGGUUCGGUGGGAGCAUCCCUCAUGUUAUGGGCGGCAUGCGGUGUGGUCUCCCUGGUUGGAGCCAUGUGUUAUACUGAACUUGGAACAUUUAUUCUAAUCUCAGGCGCGGACUACGCAUAUAUCCGUCAUUCUUUUGGGAAUUUUGUAGGGUUUCUCUUCUUGUGGGUAUUACUAGUUAUAAUUACACCGACCAGUAAUGCUAUCAUAGCACUGACUUUUGCUAACUACAUGAUCCAGCCUUUUUUUCCUCAUUGUCCGAAUCCAGAAAUCCCCACACGGCUCUUGGCUGCUGCAUGCUUGUGUUUGUUGACGUUUGUGAACUGUGCCAGUGUAAAAUGGGCCAACAAAGUCCAGGUGUUUUUCACCGCAGCCAAGCUGUUAGCCUUAGCUAUUAUCAUUAUCACAGGCAUUGUCAGGUUUGCUAUGGGACAUACAGAAAGUUUUGAGAAUGCCUUUGAAGGCUCCUCAGACCUAGCUGGAGACUAUGGCUUAGCCUUCUUCUCUGGCUUCUUCUCAUAUACUGGAUGGAAUUAUUUGAACUUUGUAACUGAAGAAAUAAAGAACCCCAAUAAAAAUCUCCCCCGUUCUAUCUGGAUCUCUAUACCUGUUGUCACUGGUUUCUACAUCCUGGUUAACAUUGCUUAUUUCACCGUUUUAUCGCCAGCAGAUAUGUUAGCUUCUGAUGCCGUGGCCGUGACAUUUGCAGAGAAGAUGUUUGGUAUAAUGGCCUGGAUUAUGCCUGUCUUUGUGGCUUGUUCUUGUUUUGGUGGUUUGAAUGGAUGCAUUAUUGCUUCCUCCAG